CAAGCAGAAACGUCGGCAGAGUGAAGCUAAUGAAAUGGCUGCUUCAGCUGACAUUUUCAAAUUAGCACAAAGCCAUCCUGCUACAGAGUUGAGGAUUGUUUUGAUAGGAGGAAGGUUAAAUGGAAGUCUCAGUGGUAAAAGUUCAGCUGGAAACAUUAUUCUGGGUCAAAAUAUUUUUGACACCAGCAGAAGAACAGCUCAGAGUGAAGCGAGGCAGCAGGAAGUGUUCGGCAGACUAGUCACAGUGGUUGAUACUCCAGGAUGGUGGUGGAUUUGGCCUAAAGAAGAAACUCCAAAACUGGAUCAGAUAGAAAUCCAGAACAGUGUCCAUCUGUGUCCACCAGGACCUCAUGUCUUUCUUCUGGUCAUUCAUUAUGAUUUAUAUUUACCACAGUGGGUCAAAUCAUCACUAAAGCAGCACCUGAAACUUUUCAAUGCAGAUGUUUUCAGUCACACCAUUGUGCUGAUCACUGCAGUCGCUCCAUGUAGUGAUAAAGAGGUUGAGUCAAGAAUCAACACAAGUCCAACCCUGCAGUGGAUUCUUCAACAAUGUGAAGACAGAAAACAUUUUCUCAACAUCAGUGACAGAGACGAUAGAGAUCAAGUUAAGAUCUUGUUAGAGAAAAUUGAGACCCUGAGUAUAAUCAAUGGAGACAGACACUGUUCUGUUGACAGAAGUCAAGGAGAAGCUCUGAGAAAAGAAAUGACAGAUUUGACUGAAAAAGGCUCAAAAAGGUUUGAUCAAGUCCAGAAACAAAGAAGCAAACUCAAAGAACUAAUUAAAGGUGGAAAAGUCCCUCCAAACCUUUUGAGAAUAUUGAUGAUUGGAGAUUCACUGGCUGGCAAAAGCUCAACAGGAAACACCAUCCUUGGAACAAAGGCUUUUGAUGUUAAUAAAAAUGGAAGAACAACAACCCACAGUGAAAUCAGACAGAGUGUGGUUGAAGGAAGGCGGCUCACAGUGGUUGAUUCUCCUGGAUGGUUCUGCAUCAACACCCUUCAGGAAACCAGUGAGAUGGAUAAACUGGAAAUAGAGAACAGUGUGAAUCUGUGUCCUCCAGGACCACAUGCUGUGCUGCUGGUUAUUCCUCUGAUAAUCAACAUUGAUGAAUCAUAUCUGAGAUCUGUUCAGGAACACAUGGGUCUGUUUAGAAAAGACAUCUGGAAACACACACUUCUUGUGUUUACCUAUGGAGACUGGUUAGGAGUAAAGACUGUAGAGGAGCGCAUAGAGAGUGAGGAAGGUCUGCAGUGGAUAGUGAACAAGUGUGAGAACAGGUAUCAUGUCCUGAACAACAAGGACCACAGUGAUAAGACUCAGGUAAAGGAACUACUGGAGAAGAUUGAAGAGAUGUGGGUAGGAAAUGAAAAGUCUUACUAUGAAGUGGAGCUGGACCGAGCAGCGCAGCUAGAAACCAAGAGAGAGACUGGAGACAAGAUGGCCAAAAGGUUGAAGAAGAUCAAUGAGAGACAGUCAAGAGUCCUGAAAGAGGUGAUUGGAGAUGAGAGACAUCCAACCACUGACAUCGGGAUUGUUCUUGUUGGUCAGAAAUGUUCAGGGAAAAGUGAAGUUGGAAACAUGAUUCUGUUCAAUGAAAAAUUUAAAAUGACCUUUGAGAGAGCUUGGUUGAAAAAGACCUACCAAGAUCACAAAUUUGCAACAUGUGUAAAACACGAAGGAAUGUUUGAAAGAGUAAAAGUCUCAGUUGUGGAAACACCAGGCUGGUUCUCAGACCCAACACCACCUGACUGGAUCAAAGAUGAAGUUCUCCACAGUGUCUCCAUGUGUUCUCCUGGACCUCAUGUUUUUCUCCUGCUUGUUCCCAUCCUCAGAUCGUUCACAGAGAAAGAUCUCAAAGCUCUGGUGGAGAUCUUGAAGCCGUUAACAGAGAGAGUGUGGAGACACUGCAUGGUGCUGUUUACCUGGGGACACUGGCUCAAUGAUCUCCCUGUAGAGAAUUACAUCGUCAGAGAGGGAAAGGAGCUCCAGGAGCUCCUGGAGAAAUGUGGAAACAGAUACCAUGUUAUAAAUCCCAAACAUUCUGAUGAUCUGGUGCAGUUGAAAGAGCUGUUUCAAAAAAUGUUUGUCCUGGUGAAACAGAACAAGGUAUGGUUCACAACGAAACAUAAUAAAAGAGAAUGUUCAGAUUCUGAAUCUACCGCAGCAAAAACACAACGCAUGCUGACAGAAGACGAGUGGAACAAACGAGAGCAGAACCUGAUAGAGAAAAUGUUGAAGGCUUUGUCAAAUGAACCAGAACAACCAACGGUACCUUCUACAAAAACAUCAAGUAGCAUGGACGAGGGCUACAUUCCAGCCAUGAGUGAAGAUAAGGACUCAGAUUGUGGGAGAAUUGUAAAGUCUGGGAAUCUACGAUUAUAUUACCAAGUUGCUGAAUGGCUGCAGCACAAUGCAAGACUAGCUGAGAUCAGCUCGGGGAAAAAGGUUCUGGUCUGCUCUGGUGAUGCAGAGUAAAACUCUUCUCUAAUGGAGAGAGUUUACUUUUAAAAUGAUUCUGGAAAGUUGUUUUUUUUAUUAGUAUUUUUAUAGUUCUUUGCUAUUCUCAAAUGUUGACAAUACAUCAAAUCACUAUCACAUCCUUUUUUUUUUUUCAAAAAAGGCAUUAAAGAAACAAGUUUUAUUGUAUUUAAUUUUUUUGUGUCAUUUGAAUGAGCCUUGUCAAUAUUUAAAGCUUAAGACACUUAUUUUUUUUCUGAUAAAAGCACUAUGGAAAAAUGAAACAAAAGCAUAAUUAGAUUUAGAAUUAGAUACUUUUAGGAAAUCAUGUGAUUAAGAAAAUAUAUAAAGUUUUUAGAUGUAUUCUUUGUUCACUCUUUAAGGUUGCUAACAAACAUGUCAAAUGGUAUUUGUCUAUUCUCUCUAGAGCAACCACCAUUCUGCUCCUAAAAAGUAAUGUAUCUACAGUAACACUAUUUUCUACUGUUUUAAAUAUAAAACAUGAAUAAAAACAUUUUAAUUUUUAUUUUUAGUGUAGUAUGUAAAAUUAGAAUGACAAUAAAAAAUGACAUUGGCCUAUUACCUUACAACACAAAGUCUCUUGGUUUUUUGGGGGCAGGGCGUUGUUAGAAAAUUUUAUUUUCUAACUAUUUAUAUUUAGCAAAAAAACAAGCUUUUAUAAUAAACUUUUGGCAAUAGGGACAUUUUGAGAUACUUUUUCUAUUUGUCCAGAAGAUGGCACACUUUUUCUUUUUCACUGGGUUAGACUGACCCCGCCUUAUGAGGUCUAGUAGUUUUAACUUUCAUUUCAACACAAAAUAAGAGAAAAACCCCUGAAAGCUGUUGACUUCAAGCUAUGGCUGAUAAAACAGAUGCUUCUAUUGCUGGGCAAAGCCAGAGCAACAAUGCUUCAGAGCUGAGGAUUGUGUUGAUAGGAGGAAGAGAAUUAAAUGGAAUCUGCAGUGGCAGAAGCUCAGCUGCCUUGAGGCACUUUACAAAAUAAAAAUCCUGCUUGUACUCUACAUUGAGCCAGACCAACUUAAGUGGUAAAAUGUAUUUUUUUAAAAGAUCUAGUUUAGCUUAGGUUCUUCAUUUUUAUUACUCUAAAUAAAAUUAAAAUAACAUUCUAGUUGUUGCAACUUUCAGCUACUCAAUUAAUUUGAGGAAUGUGAUUACCGGAAGCUAUUUAAGUUACCAAACAUAAUACAAAAAAAAAACAGACAUCUUAUAUCAAUUUAAAACCAUGGCAGAUACCAUGUCAAUGUGUGUGGUGACAGAGAAUUUAUUAUAUUCUCGAUAUUACACUUAUAUUACAUAUAUUUACAUACAUACUACUACCCCUUUAAACAAACUUAUAUGAAUACAUAUCCUUACUUCAGUCAAUAACUUAACCUUAAUGACAGGAAUUGAAUCCUUACAUUAACUAAUAUAUUAGCUAAAAAAAAUUAAAUUUGUGUUAAUGUGUCAAAUAUUUAUGCGCACUAUAUAGUGCAAGUAAAAAUGCAAAGUAAAACAAAUGAAUUUCUAUUUCUCUUGUUGCACUACACUGCCCUCUUGUGUACAAAAAGUCUAACUACUUGUCGUGGGAAAAAAAACUAUUUCCAAGCACUGUUCAGGUAAAAUCACUCAAUCAGGUUUAUUCAUGAAUUGUGCACAACACAGAGAGCUCACAGGACAGUCAAUAAUGAAGCAAGUCUGAAACGGAAAGCUCUGCCAGGCAGAGACAACACAUGGGUUUUGUACCAAGUGAUAAGGGAUCCAAAGCCUGGGAAUCAGACUGGUUCCCAUGCAGCUGGGAAAACAACGUCCAACCCUGUGCAUGUAACCCAAACAGCUUUAACUUGGUGGGAAUAUACAGAACUUAGAAUAAACAUAUAGCAAUACAACUAGCAGGUGGACCUAACUGUAAUUUUCCACAUCACUACUAAAGAAAAUUAAACUGAAAAAAUACAAUUCUUUUUAUGCAAUAUGACAUCUAAUGCCAUUUUGUGAGUCUCGCUCAUUAAAUUUACUUCAUCAAAGAAAAUGAUAUAUCUUCUGAAAAUAAUUUUGUUUAUUGUGAUGUGAUAUUAAAUAAUAAACUCAGGA